UUUUGAGUUCUUCAGCAUCUCUGCAACACCAAGAAAAGAUGGCAGCAGAAGCAAUUCUCUCUGCUUUUGUUAAAACAUUGUUGGGGAACUUGAAUUCUCUACUUCUGCAAGAGUUUGGAUCAGUGUGGGGUGUCAAGAAAGAGUUGGGGAAGCUCGAGAGCACGUUGUCGACGAUCCAUGCGGUGCUUCAAGAUGCAGAGGAGCAGCAAGUGAAGAACGAGGCAGUGAAGAAUUGGCUAAAGAAGCUUAAGGACGCGACCUAUGUUGCAGAUGACUUGAUAGAUGAGUUUGCAAUAGAAGCUUUUCGGCGGAAAGUGAGGACUCAGUCUGCUACGGUGAAUCGGGUACGCAACUUCUUUUCUUUUCCAAACUCACUUGUAUUUUUCCUGAGGAUGGGGAGUAGGAUAAAGGAAAUUGGGGAGAGAUUAGAUGGGAUUGCAGCGGAGAGGUUGAAGUUCCAUUUGAGAGAGGGAGUUGUAGAUCUGCCAGGCAAUACUGAAGAGAGACUACAAACCGCCUCUUUUGUGAUCGAGUCAGAAGUUUGUGGUAGAGAGAAAGAUAAGGAGAAAAUCGUACAGUUGUUGAUUCAUGUCAGUACUCAAGAAGAUGUCUCGAUCAUCCCCGUAGUCGGUAUGGGGGGCCUUGGAAAGACCACACUUGCUCAAUUCGCUUACAAUGACGAGAGGGUAGCGAAGCAUUUCGAGCUGAGAACGUGGGUUUGUGUGUCGGAUGACUUUGAUGUGAGGAGGCUAACAAAAACAAUUUUAGAGUCUGCUACCGAUGGGAAACAUGAUCUCCUAGAAUUGGAUUUACUGCAGCGUCGCCUCCAAGAACAGCUACACGGGAAGAAGUUUUUACUUGUGUUGGAUGACGUGUGGGAUGAAAAUCCUGAGAACUGGGAUCAGUUGAAACAAUUUCUCAGAGGAGGUGCGAGGGGUAGUAAAAUCAUAGUAACUACCCGUAGUGAAAAAGUUGCUUCGAUCAUGGGCACUCUCCCUCCACACCAUUUGCCAAGACUAUCAGAGGAUGAUUGUUUGUCUCUGUUCAUGCAGCGAGCGUUUGGGCAUGGAAGACAAAAACCUCCAAACCUUGUAAUGCAUGCAAAGGAAAUCGUAAAGAAGUGUGGGGGCGUCCCUUUGGCAGCGAAGGCAUUGGGUGGCUUGAUGCGCUUUAAAACAGAUGAAAGAGAGUGGCUGUUUGUAAAAGAAAGUGAAAUUUGGAAUUUACCUGAAGAAGAGAAUGACACUUUACCUGCUCUGAAGUUAUUAUCAUCUUCCAUCACAUUUGAAGCAAUGCUUUGCAUACUGCUCAAUAUUUCCAAAAGAUCAUAUAAUCGUUAA